AUGACGAAAAAGAACGACACACCGAAAAAAAUCGCUAAAAAAAAACAAGAAGUAUUCUUUGUAGUUAAAAACAUUCCCAGGCAUCAGUCUUGUUCAAGAGAAAUGCUCCAAGUGAUGAGACGCUUACAAGACAGCACCAAAUUCAUGAUUAAUAAAGCACCAUUUGCCAGACUGAUCCGAGAAAUAUUGCAAUCCUGUUCACAAGAAAAAAGGAUAACCGUGGAAGCCUUAGAAGCCCUACAACUGAUAGCCGAAACUUGUCUGACUGAUUUGUUCAUCGAUGCCAAUGCAUGUGCAGCCCAUGCUAAAAGAGUGGCUAUUCAACCAGUGGAUAUAAAACUAGUUGGAACAUUGAGAGGAGUUAUAGACCCAGGUUUCAACUUCAGAUAA